AUAUCAAUAACAGGGAUUCUUUCUUCUGAUAUGCCGCAUGCCACUUCUCGCACCUCAUCUGUUGUUUCUCCUUAUACGUUAUUUUCUCGCAAAUGGAUACGCUUCCGUUCGUCCGAUGAGGCUGACGUGCCAGUUUUCUGUAUUCGAGCCAACAAGAACCUGCAGGUAGAAGGCCUCAUUAUGAAUAUCGCUAAUUCUGAAUUGCUAGCCGCACCAAUUGGUGAGCCUCUGAAUGAUUUUAUUUUCGUCGGAUCAUCGGCAGGCCCUGCCGUCCGAAGUUUGACGAAGACCCAUAUCGCCCAAAUUUUCUCAGGCUGCAACUCUCUCUCCGUAGACACUGGUACGGACACCUGGCGACCCGAAUUAUGCGUGGCAUGCACGGACCAUCAAAUCGUGUAUCAGGACCUGAUACGCGGGGUAAUUGGUACAAUACAAUACAAUUUAUUACGCCCGGCGGCUUAUUUUGGCCGAUAG